UGUACACAGCACCUCCAUAGCAACAGACUUCCUUGUUUAAUAACUACCAGCAAUGGCUACCAAAACAUCACUAUGUACGAUUUGCGAUCUCCGGCAUCUUACCACAUCGUCUACACAUUGGUGUCCGGAAUGCGAGGAAGCACUAUGUACUAACUGUAAAGAGCACCAUAGUCUAUCGAAAUCCUCCCGAUGUCAUCGUGUAAUCUCUAUAUCUGAAUAUAAUUGUUUACCUCCCUCCAUCGUCAAUAUUGACUUAUUUUGCACUUAUCACAAUGAGAAAUACCUGCAAUACUGUGUAAAACACGAAUGUCCUAUUUGUUACAAAUGUAUAAAUGAGCAUGGAAACUGCGGUGGAUUGACACUUCUUGAAGAACUUGCACGCGAUGUAAAAUCAUCAGAAGUAUUCCGAGAUAUGGAACAAAGCUUAAAGGAUAUGAUAGUUAAUAUCAGUAGAAUCCGAGAAGACAGGAGGACUAACAUACAGAUGAUACAGGACAAAAAGAAAAAAAUCGUCGAAGAGGUUAUUCAAUUUAGAACCCAAAUAAAUCAGCACCUUGAUAAACUACAAGAUAAUUUCAUUACAGAGCUUAACAAAACAGAGACAGAAUGUUGCGAAAAGAUGCAAUCAAUUGUUUCCCCUGUCAAUAUCCAAGAUAAGGAGAUUAUUCAGUGCAACACAGAAAUUGAAAAAAUGAAGAAGUAUGCUUCCGAUAUACAAACCUUUCUCGGUAUGAGAAAUCUACAAAUAAAGAUUACUAAAAACGAGAAAUGCAUUGAGUCUUUGGUUGUUGAUAAGAAAAUAGAAAAACUAGACUUAGAAUAUACAAUAGAUGCUACAAUACGGGAUCUUUUUACUAAUGUCCAAAAAUUAGGUUUGAUUACGGUUAAGAAUUAUCCAUCUGAUUCCAUCGGAUUAGUCAGGAAGAAAGACAGACAAGCUCAGAUAUUGGCAACAGAACAUAAACAAUCAGGAACCAAUUUGAAACAAAAAUUUAGUCAGAAAGCAAGACAUUAAAUAUAUAUAUCCUUGCCGAUUAUUAACCGCGAAAAGAAUAAAUAGUAGCAUUAAAGUCAAAUGGUAAGACUGAAUUUAGAGAGACAGAGGCUUAUGAUUUUUUUCGAUUCAGUGCGUAUAAAUCACUACUGGAUAUAUAUUUAGGAAACGCUGUAGUUAACCUUUCUUACUAGACUUCAAGAAAAUAAACAAGUUCGUUAAAGCGCCGUCUGCUAACCGUCUGUUUCCUACACUUCAAUCCUAGAAAUAUUACCUACUACAGUCACGACUACAUAAAGGAAUAACAUUAUUUGUUAACAAGAUCAAUUUUGUUAUAUAUUGUUUGAUAUAUAUUUUUGAAUAUACACUUUGUCAAUUUUUUA